AUGGAGCUGCUAAUGCGUGGCCGUCGUGCCGAGCUAUUGGCAGCUUCAGCCAUGACGGCAUAUCUCUUGCUCUGUCCCUUCUCCAAGGUAGAAGAAAGUUUCAAUUUACAAGCGACACACGAUCUACUUGUUCUCGGGGUCCGAAACGUAUCGCAAUUCGACCAUUUAGAGUUCCCGGGGGUGGUACCCCGCACUUUUUUAGGCUCAUUGGUUGUGGCGGCGAUCAGUCGCCCUAUUAUUUGGAUCAUCUUUGCACUAGGGGGGCAAAAGAUCUGGGUGCAAUUGGCGACACGAUGGGUGCUGGGUAUGCUAACGCUGGGGGCCUUGGUGUUCUUCGGCGAUGGUGUGGGAAUGCGCUUCGGUCGGGACACCAGUCGAUUUCUUCUACUCAUCUGUACCUGCCAAUUUCACUUGCUCUUCUACAUAAGCCGUACUCUGCCAAAUGUGUACGCACUGGCGUUGGUGCUACUUGGACUGGGAUUUUGGCUCCGGGGCAAGUGGCAGCGGUGCGUGUUUCUGAUCACUGUUGCAACGGUGGUGUUCCGCGGCGAUACGGUAGUGUUGCUCGCACCAUUAGUGCUGAGCAUGUUGCUGUCGCGUCGUGCGUCCUUGCCUCAAAUCGUAUGCUGGGGGUUGUCGGCGGCUGUUCUGUCGCUCAUUGCGACAGUUCUAGUAGAUUCGUACUUCUGGCAGCGUUGGCUCUGGCCGGAGGGUGAGGUGUUGUGGUUUAACAUUGUGCAGAACAAAAGCAGCGAGUGGGGUGUGAACCCGCCGCUGUGGUACUUUACCUCAGCGCUACCUCGAGCUUUGCAAUCGACGGCGCUCAUGAUUCCGCUUGGCCUCAGCACGCUGUUCCCGGCUCUCCUACACUGCCGAUCGCUGCAUGAUAUCGCGUGUUCGUUAAAGGCGACGCCGCUUACGGAUUGGAGUGUCGUAUCAGUGGCGUGGCCCGCAUUCGUCUACGUAGCUCUUUACUCUUUUCUGCCCCACAAGGAGCUCCGCUUCAUCUUUAAUGCUAUCCCGAUACUGAAUAUGGUGUCCGCAGUGGGACUGGCAAAACUAUACCGCAAGAAAAGCAAAGUACGCUUCGCUUUCGCUGGAGCCAUUGGCUGUCUUUUUCUCUCGUGUGUAGGCACGCUGUUCUUCCUCAUGGCUGCUACAUCCAAUUACCCUGGUGGCGAAGCGUUCAUGCAUUUGCAUCAAGCAUUCAAAAGUGAACGCGGAAUGCACCGAAGCGUGCAUGUUGAUGUUCCAGCCGCUAUGACUGGCGUGUCCCGCUUUGGAGAAGAAUUUUCCGCCUGGGGGUACUCGAAGGAUGAAUCGUUGACGUCGGUGGAGCAGUUGGCGAAGUUUGACUAUAUACUGACGGCCGCGGAUCCUGCGUCGUUUGAAGAGAUGUUUGAAUACGUCGCCGGAUUCGAUGCCUUUUCUGGUAUCCAAAUCACCGGCUACAGCAUAACUUUUCAGACCACAAAGCUGAUCUCUCUCAUGCGGAACCGCGAAGUCGCAUCUAGCCAAUUGUAA